AUAUACAAACCACUUCAGGUAAAAAACUAUUAGCAGCAAAAAAUAUGAAAUACGAGAGCUUAAGACAGUCACGAUUAAGAUUAUUAUAUAAUCAGUUAAUAAUAAUUAAUUAAUAUGAAGUGCAUAUUAAUUUUUAAUGCUUUAAAUGAUGUAAUAUUUUUAAAAUACAACAAGGGAUUUUUAAAUCACAUUAAUACCUAUGCGAAAACACAAGGCUUGAUGCCUGAAAAGUGUGCAGAGAUGGAAGAUGAAGAGGAAGUUAGUCUAAAUGUUAUAGUACAAAUAUUCUCACCUUUAAUUACUUCCCACCGUGUAAUGAACUGUGAGUUUAGUAAUACAUAUGAUUCAAUUGAAUGUGGAGAAGGAAUUAAAUUGGUAUUUAAAGAAUGUAUGGGGCAUUUGUUUGUUGCUAUUAGCAAAGAUACUAUUUUCAGUAUAAAGACAUGGCAAAGAUGGUGCAUAGGCAUUGUAAAGUUUGUUUGCUGUAUGAACAUUGAUUUACUUAGAAAUAAGUCGUAUUAUUCUAAGCUAGCUGGAAGUUUGUUAGAAUGUUGGGAAAACAUAAGCAAUGUUGAUCAGUCUCUUAAAUUGGAAGCUGUAGAGCAACUCAUCAUAAAUUCGGAUCUACGCUCUGCAACUCUUGUAAUUCUUAAGGACACUGUGGAACAGAUUAAGCUUCGCAAGGCCCAUGCCUUAAUUUUGGUACAAAAUAAACUCUUAUCUCUCUAUUCUAGUCAAAAUGCAAGUGAAUUGUCUUCUGCAGACCUAUUACUAUUAAUUUUGUUGAAUAACGCUAAAAAGACAGAAUUAACAACUCCUCCCAUGCUCUCAGAAACUCAAAUGAGUUUAAGUGAGUCUUGUUUUUCACAAAACAGCAACAGUUGUUCUUUAUCCACACAAACUGAGCUCGAAAAUAUCUACAGCUUUUAUGUAUUUCUGACCGGAUAUAAGCCAGAUCCCACAUGUGUGCCCCAUGUUGUUCACUUUAUCCCCAUUACGGAAGAAAUUUGCUUGACAAUCCUUAUAGAAUCGCCACGCGUUUCUUCCACUUGUAUAGCCACAUAUGACACUUUUAUACAUCUAAAUGUCUUGCAAAAUUUACAAAAUCAGAGGAAUUUUGAAAUGAUGAAAUUGGCUAUGCAUAAUCUUGAGGUAGCUGUGAACAUUUUAAAUACUAAACUUAAGAAUUUAAAAGCACAAAAGGUUGAAAUAAACCAUAAAAUGAUCACGUCCAGAUGGAAAGCAACUAAAAAAGCGUAUGAUGAUUUUUUAAAGUACGGGUCGGACGAAGCUUUUAUGAAAUCCGAAUUAGCUCUCGGUAAUUUUGCGGAUGUUUUAAAAAAACUGUUUGACGCCAUAGGUUUUGAUUACGAUCUGGUAAAUAGUACCAAAAAAACCUUAAAAGAUGCUACAGAUGUUGUUAGAGAAAGAUUGAUGCCGUUCAAUGACAUGUUCAGAGUGAAAGCAUUGAAAAAUUUCUCUUUGGGAUCGUACUUAGAACAAUUCCCAGGACUUGUGCACUUUGUGUACAUAGACAGAACCAGUCAUCGUGUUGUGGCUCCCGGUCUAGAUAUCAGCGUCAACGACGAUGCAAAUGAGGAAUUUAAAAAAGAAGUGUGGCAAAUGAUCCAAUUUUGUCAAAAGCACUUGCAAGAAGGUUACCUAUCGUUAUUAUGGAAAAAUUUGACCUUUAAAUUCGCAUAUUUUCUGUGGUUUGAAGAUGUAACUGGAGAGGUCUUAAAACCUGUUAAUGCUUCUGAAGCUAUAAAUAAAAUUUCAAAACCGGGAAUAAUCAAUGGAGACUUUUAUUACAAAUUAAAGCAAAGUUGUUUCCCAAAACUAUCUCCUAAUAAAGUACGAUGUUACGAGUUAUACAGCGUUCAUCUGAAAAUAGUAGCCCCUUCACUGAUUUUGGAUCAUAUGAAAAAACUCACAACCACAAUUUGGGAAAUAAAGGGCCAUUCGAACAAUCCAAUAGACCUACUUUAGAAGAGUACAAACUAAAAUCUUGGUAUUGUAAUUAUGAAUGAUUAAAUAUAGGUAUAGUCUUGUA